UGUGAUGUGGAACAGGUUUGUCCCUGGGGUAUCUCAGAGUGUUGUUUUAGGUGCCCUACCCAGGCUUAGUGCUGCAGCUCCUUCGGUUGCGCCUGGUUACAUGCAGUGGAUGUACAGGUUUUCUCACCCGCGGGUAUCUCCAGGUGCAGGAGUUACAAGCAACCUGCCUGAGCAGACUAACACUGAUUACUGGAUGGGUCGGUCCAUGGAGAUUCACCAAAGAGCACUAGCUGAGUAUCCUGAAAUGUCGAGUGAGACUCGAACAAUGACUGAGCAGCUUGUAUUUGAUUGGAGGUCAAAAAUGGGACUUUAGAUUAUGUUGAUUAGAUGUUCUGUUAGUGGUUUUAAUUAUGUUAUGAACUUAUUUUUAAUUUUUUUUAAAAUGUAAUGCAUAAACUGGACACUUAUUUUAUUUUAUAUUUGAUGUUUUGUUGCAUAUCAUGUUAGAUUAAAAGCAAAUACAUUUAAAAUUAAUUUCAUAAUUCUAAUUUUGUUACAAAUGUUCAA